CAUAUACGAGAAAGAAAAAAGUGUUUCAUGAAAUUGAAACAUCGAAAGUCCGCCGGAUCGUUCCAAACGUUACUUUACUUUCUUUUUGUUUCCUUUUUUUAUGCAGUUAUUUUCCUUGCUCUAUUCUCAACUCUACCCCCUCUUUAAUAGUAGCAUCGCUCCGAAUACAGAAAACCCACUCGAGUUCGAGCUAAAAGAUAAUUUUUCCACCCCCAAUAUUCCUCCCAACCUGGUCAUUGACAGUCACUUGUCCAUCAGCAGCCUCCUCGCCAUUUUACAGUCACAAAAGCAAAAAAAAAUGAACUCGUUCUCAAGGCGCUACGUCAAGCACGCGACAUUGGUCGAAGGAUGCUUCCCGGCGGAAAAGUCCAGCGAAACGACGCCCAACAGCAACGAGCUCUCGUACCUGGUCUACUACGCCCAGAGCAAGCCAGCGAAACUGACAAAGGUCGGCGCAUACCUCUCCAAGCGCAUUGCCAAGGACACCUAUAAGCUCAGGCGCACAGACGUCCUCGUCGGCCUGCACAUAUACAAUGCGCUGCUGGCCGCCUGCGGCCGCGAUCUGUAUUUCUUCGCAAAGGACGUGCUUGGUUCGCUCGAAACUGUGCUCGCCGCCAACGACUUUGAGUUCGCAAAGGCUGCCACCCACACAUUUGCACUGUUCUGCCGCAGCCAUUCCGGAGCGACGUUGGCUAUCGAUAAGGGCCUGCGAUCGCUCUACACUAAUCUCAUCACGACAUUUGCAGGCUACGCACGCGCCAAAGUCGAAGACCCACAAACCGGAAAAAGGCUGCACUGGGGCUGUGUGCCAUUCAGGCCAUUGCAGAGAGCCAGGCGACCUAUGCCGCUGAUAAUUACUACGAGCUGCCCCGCAUAGUUAAGGCUGUCGCCGCUCGCAUAACUAAGUCCGCCGAGAUCGGCGACAACCCCGCAGAGGCCAUUGCGGUUGAGAAGCAGAUUGCCAGCAUCGGAGACAGCGCACUGAGUCUACCUCGACAUCAUCAUCGCUUGACGACCAGCAGCUCGGGAUCUGGGCGUGGC